AUGGCUUUGGGAGAUGAUCGCGCAGGUUUGCAAAAUAGGUUGGACCUAAUGCUUCAUGUUGGUGGUGUUAGGCAGAGGGAUGCAAUUUUCCACUCCCUAUGGCUUAGGAAGUUGUUUCCGUCUUUCUCUGCUCAGUAUGUUGUACUGUUUCUUUCUCCUGUCGCUUGCGAUGAUUGCGCAGGUUUGCAAAAUAGGUUGGACCUAGUGCUUCAUGUUGGUGAUGUUAGGCAGAGGGAUGCAAUUUUCCACUCCCUAUGGCUUAGGGUGAGCACUGGAGAUGAUCGCGCAGGUUUGCAAAAUAGGUUAGACCUAGUGCUUCAUGUUGGUGGUGUUAGGCAGAGGGAUGCAAUUUUCCACUCCUUAUGGCUUUGGGUGAGAACUGGAGAUGAUCACGCAGGUUCGCAAAAUAGGUUGGACCUAGUGCUUCAUGUUGGUGGUGUUGGGCAUAGGGAUGCAAUUUUCCACUCCCUAUGGCUUAGGGUGGGCACUGAUCUUUCAGAUUGUUUAUGUGAAACAUGUAAAAUUGGAAUGUGGGAGGAACCACGAGAUGAUCGCGCAAGCUCGCAAAAUAGGUUGGACCUAAUGCUUCAUGUUGGUGGUGUUAGGCAGAGGGAUGCAAUUUUCCACUCCCUACGGCUUAGGUACAAGAAUUCCAAAGAUGGCUUCAAGAAGACAAAAGUAAUAAAGGAGAUAAGGGAUACAAUGGCGCGUAGGAAAUACUUUGAUGGAAGUGUGGACAUUAUCGCUCUGUUCCUAUUUGGACCAGGGAAGAGGAGGUCAAUUCUCAAAUCUGGGCCAGUGAUGAAUCAUAGGGACUGUCUCCCAUCAAUGAUGCAGGUGUUUGCGACCCACUGUGGGGGGUGCUGGGUGAAGAUGGCUUGA